AUGAACAAAUCUAAGGAGUCUCUUGAAAUAUAUAAUCGCGAACUUGAAUCUUCAUCUUCGAAUGAUUCCAAUGAGGUAUUAGCAUUCACAGUGUCCAACUAUGAGCAACAGCAGCAGCAAGGACAAGGACAAGGACGAGUACGAAAAUCCCUAGAUUCGAUAUUCCGUCCCAGAUCCAACAGUGUUUCUAGUAAUAUCGAUCAGUUUUCCGUCCAUCACAUUUAUGGAGCUUUACCUGAUGAAAAAAUUGAAAUUAAACGUACCCAAACUAGAGCCACAGUUUUAUCAGAGAUUGCCACUAAUAACUUCCCCCACGAUGAUUUAAAGAUUCAGGAAGAGAAAAUUAUCAUUCCUGAUGAUGGUAAAGAGUUUACCGAAAUCGAUCCAGAAUUAAUCACAUGGGAGGAUGAACAAGAUCCAGCUAAUCCAAGAAACUGGGACCUUCGCACUAAAGUCAUAAUGUUGAUGUUUGUUUCUUUCUACGCCUUUGUCGCACCAAUGUCAUCAUCUAUCCUUUCCCCAGCCAUGAGUUUUAUCAGUGAGGAGUUCAAUAUAGAAUCUGGGUCUCCAUUACAAGCCAUGGUUGUGUCUAUACAAAUUCUUGCAUGGGCCAUUGGCCCCCUUAUAAUUGCACCAUUGAGUGAACACGACAACAUCGGUCGUAAACUAGUUCUUGAUGGAAGUUGUUUAAUGAGUCUUUUAUUCAAUCUUGGAUGUGCAUUUUCUAGAAACACCGCUGAAAUGAUGGUGUUCCGUUUCUUGGCUGGUAUUUUCGGAUGUGUCCCCAUGAAUGUCUGUGCUGGUGUUAUUUCCGAUAUGUUUGAUGCCAAUGGUAGAAAUGUCGCUUUGGCCAGUUAUUCCCUUGUUCCAUUGUUGGGACCAGUCAUUGCCCCUUUGGUUGCUGGAUUCAUUGUCGUCAACUUGCAAUGGAGAUGGGUAUUUUACGUGUUGUGUAUUUUUAACGGUACUGUCUUCAUCACUGCCCUUAUUUUCUUUAAGGAAACAUACGCACCAACUUUGUUAAAGCGCAAGGCUGAUAAAUUGAGAAAAGAAACCGGCAAUGACAACUUGCACACUAUUUAUGAAAUGAUGGAGCAAGAAGCUGGUGAAUCAACUUUACAAAAAAUGAUCCAUUGCAUGAUUCGUCCAAUCACCUUGUUAUUCAUGCAUCCCAUGAUUGUGGGACUUGGUUCAUUCAUGGCCUUCACCUAUGGGUUCAUGUACUUGAUGAUUGUCACUUUUCCAGAAAUCUUUGGUGAGCAAUAUGGAUUCAAGAAAAACAUUAUUGGGUUAAUGUAUCUCCCUAUGGGUUUCGGUUUCGUUUUGGGUGUUGUCUUUUGGACCUUCUGCAUUGGCAAAGUAUACAAAUACUUGGUUGUCAGAAAUAACGGUGAAGGAAAACCAGAGUUCAGAUUACCUUGUCUCAUCUUCUGUUCCUUGUUUAUCCCAGUUGGAUUGAUUUGGUUUGGUUGGUCCGCUCAAAAGAAAUUGCAUUGGAUCAUGCCUGGUAUUGGAAGUGCCUUGUUUAGUUUUGGGUUAGUUUGUGUCUUCCAAACCACUCAAAAUUAUUUGAUUGACAUGAAUGUAAGAUACGCUGCUAGUUCUGUGGCUGCUGCUGCAUUGUUCAGAUCCUUGUUUGGAUUUGCAUUCCCUUUGUUUGCCAACAAGAUGUAUGGUAAGUUAGGCUAUGGUUGGGCUAACACUAUGUGUGCAUUUAUUGGAAUUGCUUUAGGUGUUCCAUUCCCAAUUUUCUGUUAUUUGUAUGGUGAAAGAAUUAGAAAUUGGGCUGAUAAGAGAAUUGGUAACUAA